AUGGAGGUGGCCAAGACAGACAGCAGAAACAACCCGCUGGCCACAGCCAGGAUCCUGUCCCGGGUCUUUUUGUGCUGGCUAACCCCCUUGCUGCACCUCGGCCACAAACGGAGGCUCGAGGAAAGUGACAUGUUCAGUCUUCUUCCAGAGGAUCGGUCUGAAACCCUGGGAAAGGAGCUGCAGAGGUUAUGGGACCAAGAAGUUAGAAGGGCGACAAAGGAAUCAGAGAAGCCAAAACUCUCCAGAGUUCUUAUUAAGUGCUAUGGAAAGUCCUAUGCAGUGGCUGGGCUGUUUGUAUUUUUACAGGAGGCAAUUAAAGUGAUCCAGCCACUUCUUCUGGGGAAAAUAAUCCUGUUCUUUGAGGAUUAUCAUCCAGACGAUGAGAGAAGUCUUUACAUGGCGUACGGUUACGCUGCUGCGAUGUCCAUCUCCACCUUUGCUCUCACUAUCCUCCAACAUCUCUACUUCUAUCACGUCCAAAGAACAGGCAUGAAGAUGAGAGUGGCCAUGUGUCACAUGGUCUACAGGAAGGCUCUUGGCCUCAACAGUGAAUCCAUGGGACAAACAACCACCGGACAAAUCGUGAACCUCCUUUCAAAUGAUGUCAGUCGCUUUGAUGAGAUUACAAUCAAUCUGCACUACCUGUGGUUGGGCCCUCUACAAGCGAUAGUCAUCAUCGUUCUGCUUUGGUACGAGAUCGGCCCCUCAUGUCUAGCAGGUGUGGCGGUCAUUACACUCAUGAUGCCUCUACAGACUUGGUUUGGAAAACUGUUUGGUAUCUUCAGGAGCAAAACAGCAGUCCUGACUGACAGUAGAAUCCGUCUCAUGAACGAAGUGGUGUCUGGCAUCAGGAUAAUCAAGAUGUACGCCUGGGAGAAACCCUUCUCAGCGCUGCUUACUGAAGUCAGACGGAAAGAAAUCAGUCAGAUACUGAAGAGUUCCUACCUACGAGGACUCAACAUGGCCUCCUUCUUUGCCAGCAGCAAGAUCAUCGUCUUUGUCACCUUCACCGUCUACGUUGUCCUGGGCAACGACCUGGAGCUGCUCCCAGAUGGAGAUCGGACACUGAUCGGGGACAGAGGAGCCACUUUGUCUGUGUUUGUUUUCAGGGCCGUGUACCAGGAGGCAGACAUCUACCUCCUGGACGACCCUUUAAGUGCCGUGGAUGCAGAAGUUGGAAAACAUCUUUUUGAACAGUGUAUCUGUGGCCUGCUGAAGAACAAGUGUCGUAUCCUGGUCACGCACCAGCUGCAGUACCUGAGGGCAGCAGACCACAUUCUGGUCCUUAAGGAGGGUCAUAUCAUGGGCCAGGGAACCUACAAAGAGCUGCAGCGCUCUGGCCUGGACGUGGUGUCUCUGCUGAGAACUGAUGAGGAGCAGGAGCAGUCUCGAUCAGCUGAUCCAGAAAAAAUGUCUUUAAUCAGCCAGAGGACGAGUCUGUCACACAGUUCACACUGUUCCAACAGCAGCCUCCUGCCACCAGAGAGCAACGGUCCUGAACAGCCUGCUGUUGAAACAGUCGGGGCCUUUGAAGAAGAGAAUCGAGCUCAAGGAAACGUCAGCUGUCACAUUUAUCUUCAGUACUUCACUGCGAGCUGUAGCCUCCUGGUUUUAAUUCUUAUAGUGCUGCUCAGUGUCGUUGCAGAGGCUGCAUACGUCCUGCAGGACUGGUGGCUGGUGUACUGGGCAAGAGAGGAGUAUUCUAACAGCACAGCCACUGCUGUUAGCAUAAAGAAUGGAAUUAACGUGACUCGCUCAGAGUUAAAUCUCACAUUUUAUCUUGGCAUUUACUCAGGUCUGACCGGAGCCGCUGUGGUCUUAAGUUAUGCCAGGAGUUUGAUCAUAUUUCAUGGGCUGGUGAGAGCAGCUCAGAUUCUACACAACCGCAUGUUCAAUUCAGUCCUCUGCACACCUGUUCACUUCUUUGAUGUCAACCCCAUAGGAAGAAUCCUCAACAGGUUCUCCAAAGACAUCAGCCAAAUGGACUCCAUGCUGCCCAUCACCUUUGUGGACUUCUAUCAAUUAAUUCUACAGAAUGCCGGCGUGGUUGCCGUGGCAGCCGCAGUCAUCCCUCUUGUCCUCAUCCCCGUUGUCGUUCUGCUCAUAAUCUUUCUGUACUUGAGACGCUUCUACCUCAGCACAUCACGCGACAUCAAACGUCUCGAGUCAACAACUCGGAGUCCAGUCUUCUCCCACCUGUCCUCGUCUCUUCAGGGUCUGUGGACAAUCCGAGCCUUCAGGGCUGAGGAGAGAUUAAAGAAAACCUUUGACGCCCAUCAGGACCUGCACUCAGAGGCGUGGUUUUUGUUCCUGAUGACCUCCCGCUGGUUUUCUCUUUGCCUUGACAGCAUUUGCUCCACGUUUGUCUUCUUUACAACGUUUGCCUGCAUCAUCCUGAGAGACGGGCUGGAGGCCGGAGAGGUGGGCCUGGUGCUGACCUACGCUGUGACCCUGGUGGGAAACUUCCAGUGGACAAUGAGACAAAGCGCCGAGGUGGAGAACAUGAUGACCUCUGUGGAGAGGGUGGUGGAGUACACACAGCUACAGAGUGAAGCACCCUGGGAAACCCAGAGGCGUCCUCCCCCUGACUGGCCGAGCAAAGGCCUGGUGACCUUCGACCAGGUCAGCUUCUCCUACAGCACGGACGGCCCCAUCAUCCUGAAAGACAUCAGCGCCACCUUUCAUCCCAACGAGAAGGUUGGUAUUGUGGGCAGAACAGGUGCUGGGAAGAGCUCCCUGGUCUCAGCUCUGUUCCGCCUGGCAGAACCUCAGGGAAAGAUCUCCAUCGAUGGUGUGGUGACCUCUGAGAUCGGCCUCCAUGACCUGCGCCAGAAGAUGUCCAUCAUCCCUCAGGUAGUCUGACUCACCGAAUUCAGCACGCCCAAGAGUUUAGUUCCUGCUUCCCCUUGUUGCAGGUUUUCCCUGAACCGGCCUCUGCGUUCCCCACAGGUGCAGCUCAAGUCCGUGGUGGAGGAGCUGCCCGGUAAGCUGGAGACGGUUCUGGCUGAGUCGGGCUCCAACUUCAGCGUGGGUCAGAGGCAGCUGGUGUGUUUGGCCAGAGCCAUCCUGAGGAAGAACCGCAUCCUCAUCAUCGACGAGGCCACGGCCAACGUGGACCCCAGGACAGAUGAGCUGAUCCAGAAAACCAUACGAGACAAGUUCAGAGAAUGUACCGUGCUCACCAUCGCUCACCGCCUCAACACCAUCAUAGACAGCGACCGCAUCCUGGUGCUGGACUGUGGCAUCAUCCAGGAGUUCGACCGACCCCUCACCCUGCUGCAGAACACAGAGGGCGCUCUCUACAAGAUGGUGCAGCAGCUGGGUCAGGCUGAGGCAGCAGCCCUGCUGCAGGCAGCCAGACAGGCAGCAGAGCAGCCAGCGGUCCUGACAACCUGA